AUGGUUAAUAUUCUCACCAAAAUCGGCUUUUCCGCCGUCGUUAUCCUCGCCGUCCUUUUCCAGAUCUUCCUUCAAGAGACAAUAUGGCUGUUCCUCGGCGUCGGCAGGGUCAUGCAGCCGCUCGCUGAUUUCCCCUACACGUGCCGCAAGAUCGUUGAUCCGCGUAUGGAAGCUUGCGAGGAUAUGUGGUUAUCUCAAUCUACGAGGCAAAUGUUCCUUGCUUGUUCGGACCCUAUUGCGCGGAAGCAUUGGAUGCCCAGUGUUGGUCAUCUGAAUAUUUCCGACGCCUGGUUCUCCGGCACUUUCGGAGACGGGCUCAUCAAUGUGGUGGGCUUCACCGGAAUGGAAAACUCUGAUGGCGGCAUUGACUUGAUGAUUGUCAACCUGCGACCUUCUGUUGAUGGUGAGAGUGGAAAGCUUCUCGAUCAAUAUGUUUCCGGCGCGAAUACAACCAUUGAGCAUUUUGCAACGAGUGCUGAAGCAACUGAGCUGAAACAUGUUCGCACCUAUGCUGAUCAAGGCAUUGCCACCCCAAACCGUGUUGCGGUUCUGGAUGAUAAGACGUUUUACAUUACAAAUGACCACGGGCCCCACAAACAUGGCUGGCGAUAUCAUCUAGCUAUGCUUUUAGGCUCCGCCAACAUCCAUUUCUGCGAAGCAAACAAACCCUGCAAAGAAGUCGUAAACAACCUCAAAUUCCCCAACGGCCUCGCCCGCAAAGACGACAUAAUCUACGUUCCGGACUCCAUAACCGGCACUCUGUACAUCUACCGCAUUCUGCCGAAUAAAGAGCUCGAAAAGAUCGACGAGGUAAAGCUCGGCUACGGUCUUGACAAUGCUUCUAUUGACGAGAACGGGGAUAUCUGGAUAGCUGCUUUUCCCGUUACUGCUGCCAUUUUCCAGGCGUAUGAGGAUCCGUAUAAUGCUCACACUCCUGCUGCUGUGCUGAGGGUGAGGAAGGUUGACGGGAAGUACGUGGUUGAUAAGGUUAUUGAGGAUGCGGAUGGUGAGGUUCUUCCUGCUGCUACGACGGUUGUGCAUGAUGCGAAGACGGGAAGGCUUUUCUUGAGCAGCGUUAUUUCACCAUUUAUCGCUGUUUGCGAGCCAAAGGUUUGA